AUGACCAUGCGUUCUAUGUUUGGCGAUGAGAACUAUACGGAUCGACUUCAGCAUGCCCCUUUACAGCUAGAGAUUGCGACUGACGAAGCUCGAAAUCACUGGUAUCCGCUCGAUGAUGAAGCUAUGACCCAUCUUGAUGACGGAAAAAUUCAUCCAACUAUCUCAUCACGAGAUAUUCUAUUCAGAGCUCCCGCAUUACCAGCCAGCCAGCUUGCGCUUUACUAA